GUGUUAUCCAAUAAUAAGUUCAACAAACUACUUCCAAGCCAUUAAUCAUCAUUAAUGCAGAUUGCUUCGACCAAUUGGUUUAACUGGAAUUGAAAGAAGAAACAAAUAUUGUUUAUUACAUCUAAAAUUUAUAGACGAUAGAAAAAUGGUUUAUACCAACCUAAGUGGCACCAUGAUUAAAGGACCUUUUCAGGAAAUUAAGAAAGACAAGGGAAAACAUAUAUCCAGACAACAACAACAACAACAACAACAACAACAACAGCAGCAGCAGCAGCAGCAGCAGUAUCGUCAGCAACAAUUAUCACGAAAAAAUGACAAAUAUGGUUCUUGGGGACCGAUCUUUAAAAACAAAGAAAAUUUUAUCGAUAUGCAUAUAUGUUAAUCAGUCUUACAAGGCAUAUCCUUUGUAUACGAUGUUACAUGUAACACGCGCUACUAUGGGUUCUGAAACAAAGUGCAAGAUAUUUUUUGUGCAAAAGCAAAAAAUCUUGGCAAAUUGUGACUACUAACAAGGGAACCUCACGAACUCGAAAAUUCUGAUUUUAAUAAAACU